AUGGCAGCUUCGCAACUCACGACCCUGUCCCGGACGCAGAUCGCCUCGUCCCUCGAAGCGUAUCCCUCGGCAAUAGCACACAAGUCCUCCCUCACCCCGUCCAAGCCCAACACCGAGUCGCUCGUUGCCCUUGAUGAGUGGUAUCACUCCCUCCCAACCCUUUCGGGCUCCAAAGGAGAGGGUCGGAUGCGGGGAAAGCAAGAUCUGAUCAAGUUGAUGCAGUGGAAGUUGGCGAGGGAGAAGUUUCGUCCCACCCUUCUCUCGCUCAUCUCGUCCAACGACGCCUCCAUCUGCUCGGAGGUGCUCCAACGGGCUGCAACCCACCUCUCCUCCCACACCCCCUCAUUCGAGCUGGAUACCGAAGAGUCAUUGAAGAGCGUAGAAAGCACGAUGCGCAUCCUUGCCGAGCUACGCGGUAUUGGGCCCGCAACCAGCAGCGCCAUUGUCGCCACCUGGUCCCCCAUGGGCGUCUUUCAAUCCGACGAAUUGGCCCAGGCGUUGUUAGGGGAUGUCAAGAUCGAGUACACCUGGACGUUUUACAGAAAGUUCUACAGAGCCGCAAUAGAGACGAUGAAGAAGUGGCAAGGCGAGAGGGAGGGGAAGGUGCUCGAGAGGGUCGCUUGGAGCAUGGCGCACACUCCCACUGAAGUCCCCUCUUCAGUCGCGGGGAAGGAGGUGAAGCAGAAGCUAGACGAGAGAGGCGAAAUGCCAGCGAGCAAGCACAAAGACUCACAGUCGAAUAGCAGCGUCAAGCUCGAACCGAAAGAGACGAGGUCGAAGCGCGAGGUCAAGGACGAGGCGAGUGCGGGAGAGGGGAGGGUGUCGAAGCGAUUACGCAGUCGGUGA